UGUCAGUCACGGUGUCCUUGCUGUGCUGUGAUUGGCUGUCGGACCUGUCAGUCACGGUGCCCUUGCCGCCCACUUCCGCCCAGUUUUGAGAGUGCAGUUCACUCUUUCGAUUGUUUAUGUCACUUGAGCUUCAAUUUGACCUUAAUUCACAGGUGGUGUAUUUGUGGCUGGUCUGUGAUGCUUGGAGAGAAGCUGAGUCUGCAGGGACAGGACAGGCCAGAUGGUGGAAACAUGACUUCUGAGUAACACACAGUUACUUUCUCUGCUCAGUAUGAACAGCGAGGAGGAGUUUUACGACGCUGAGACAGGGCUGGAGUCAGAUGAUUCCUGUGAGGUCAGUUUUAAAGAUGCCCUGGUGUUUGACAGUAAGCAGGUGACUGACGGCAGCGACAAACAGGAGAAUGGAGUGUGGGAGCGCAGGAAAACCCUGCCUGCUGAAAUGAUCUCCAAAAACGAUUUCAGUGUGUGGAGUACACUGAAGAAAUGCAUCGGCAUGGAGCUGUCCAAAAUAGCGAUGCCGGUGGCGUUUAACGAGCCGCUGAGCUUCCUUCAGAGAAUCUCAGAGUACAUGGAGCACACUCACCUCAUCCACAAAACCUGCAGUUUGUCUGACUCUAUAGACCGCAUGCAGGUUGUCGCUGCGUUUGCUGUAUCGGCUGUAGCAUCUCAAUGGGAACGGACUGGAAAGCCAUUUAAUCCUUUACUGGGGGAGACAUAUGAACUCAUACGAGAGGACGAGGGAUACAGAUUGAUCUCGGAGCAGGUGAGCCACCACCCCCCUGUCAGUGCCUUCCAUGCCCAGUCUCUCAAACAAGAGUUUGAGUUUCACGGCUCCAUUUACCCAAAACUCAAGUUCUGGGGCAAAAGUGUGGAGGCCGAGCCGAAAGGCACCAUGACGCUGGAGCUACUGAAGCAUAAAGAAGCGUACACGUGGACAAACCCAAUGUGUUGUGUGCAUAAUGUCAUCCUGGGAAAACUCUGGAUUGAGCAAUAUGGAACCGUGGAGAUAGUCAACCACAGCACGGGAGAUAAGUGUGUGUUGAACUUCAAACCGUGUGGCAUGUUUGGGAAAGAGCUACACAGGGUCGAAGGUCACAUCCUAGACAAAAGUAAGAAGAAGCGGCGAGUGAUCUAUGGAAAGUGGACAGAGUGCAUGUACAGCGUGGACCCCAAGGUUUACGAAGCAUACAAGAAGUCAGACAAGAAGACGGGGGGAGACCCAAAAAAGCUGAAACAGGAACAUAGUUGUGAAGCUGACGAGGCAGACGAGAUGCCAGAAGUUCAAGAGACUGUGACUGUGAUACCAGGAAGUGCCUUACUGUGGAGGAUAACGCCGCGGCCUGCUGACUCAGCACAGAUGUAUAACUUCACCAGCUUUGCCAUGACACUAAACGAACUGGAGCCCGGCAUGGAGAGACUACUGUCGCCAACGGACUGCCGACUGAGGCCCGACAUCAGAGCCAUGGAGAAUGGAGACAUCGACUCGUCAAGUGCAGAGAAGGAGCGGUUAGAGGAUAAACAAAGGGCCUCACGCAGGGAACGCUCCAAGGAUGAGGAGGAGUGGUCAACCAGGUUAGCUGGAAUAAAAGUAGUCUACUUAGCAGCCGUGUCUCUUGAUGCUGCAAAGCCUGUUUCCCAGCUAAAGGUGGUUUCAGCAGGGAACAAACCCUCAUACAGGAGCUGAGGACUGGCUGUACGCAGGUGGAUACUUUGACAGGAAUUACACUGACUGUCCCAACAUCUAUUGACACAGGAGGAGGUGCUCGGUGUGAAGACCUCCUCCUCCUCCUCCUCCUCUGAUAGGAUUCACUUUAUUUCUCAGCAUCUAAGAUAGACGCUCACUGGUACUGUGUCUUUGUUUGAAUCCAUGAAAAGCUGAUAGCAACGUGUUAUCAGACAGUUUAUCAGAUUAUUACUGACUGUGAACAUUGUCCACAGGAGAAAUGUUAUAAUAAGGAGAAUUUUAGAGUUUACUUACUGUAAAUGUUGACAUCUUUAUCUUUAUACGCCCUAAUCAUGACAAUAAUAGUCCACAUGUAUGUUACUCACCUGUCGAGGGGUUUUAAACCAGUCACCUGUGUGUGUGUGUGUGUGCGCGCGUGCGUGUGUGUGUGCGUGCGUGUAUGCAUUAUGUGUGCGUGCGUGCGUGUAUGCAUGUGUGUGUGCGUGUGGUGACCAUGCUGCUGCUGCUGCAGGACACAAAGCUCUGACUUCUAGAGGAUAUAUUCUCAGUUUUAGUUCAGGUACUCAACCGUAAUCUCACCUGUAGAGUACCACACACUUCUUGUCCAGUUGCAUUCAGAAAUCAGGGGUUAUUUAAACACAUCUGCUACUUUUUUUUUUUUUUUUUACCAUAUAACCUAUUUGGAUAUUAGAUGUGUAUUUUAAUUAGCCGUAAACAUCCCUAAAACGUCACACGUGUGAUACAUUUUUCCGUGAAUAGAGACCUACAGUAGAGAUCAAAGCUGCUUAUAACCGUGUUUACCGUCACAGUAAACAUAUUGUUGGUACAUUAUAUUGUCGUCCGCUGUAACAUAGAUGACGUGUAUAAUAAUUGGUGCGUGCAUGUUCACCAAGAUGAUUAUUUACACAAGAUAAAGCCAUAAAAACAUUUUCUGCACUAAGUAUAGUACUGUAAAUGGAUUCGCGUCAAAGGGAUACAGAGCGUUUUGGUUUUAAAGCCGGUGAUUAUCAAAGUCUGACACUAUAAAAACAUGUUGAUGGGAUAUUCUGAGCCAUACAGACAAAACAAGUUCAUAUUAAUGGAUAUUUUAAACUCAUAAUAUUAUUUUUUCUCUUACUUAAAACAAACUAACUGUAAACAGGAAGUAUAGUGUUGCCAUUGAGUUAGUUAGGUAGUUAGCUGUGUUAUUUUUUUUCCCUGUAUUUGUUUAUUUUGGCAAAUUGGCACCAUUAAAAGUUUGCCGAAUUAGCUAUAAAUUAAGUAGUUCCUGUUUGCAAUGUACCCAUAACAUGUACAGACAACUAUCACUGGAUUACUUUGAUACUGAAGAAAAGUUAGAAAUGUGAUGUUUCUCAGGCAAGUUCUGGUGUUAAAAGGAAGAGUCUUUUGGACGUUUAUUUGCAAGAUAAUGAUAUCCCCGUGAAGUGUAAGUCACGCCGCAUCUAAAAUUAUGUGUUAUAUAUUUAGGAGUAGGAAAUUUGCGGCUCACGUCUCUCCCUCCGCGUCCCACUGCCGAUGCACAGUUCAAAAAGCUCUAGUUUAAAGAGAAAGCUGUGUCAUACUGACUCCUGAUUAUAGCUAUUUGUCUUCACACACUGACGAGUAACUCUUGAGAGAACUUUUGAGAGUUUCCAGAUGAAGCCCUGAGACAUUUUCCUCCAUCGAUGAAAGCUGUUUUAGGACACAGCAGCAGCAAAAACCGACAGGACACUGUAGCCAUUAUAAACCUAUGCAAACUGAUCCAUCCAGUCUGCCCUCCUGAAAUGUGAAGAAUGAAAAUACAACACUUAACUCCUCUUUAGCUUGUAGCCAAUGUGUGCUCCAGACACUACAGAGGCAGCAGUUAAUGAAUGUCAUUUGCAGAUGAUAUAACGUUUAACAUACAUACAGCAGAUGUUCAACAGUAUAUAGAUGUUCCUUUGUGUUUAAAAGCACUAACAUUGCAUAAACUGCACAUUUGAACGCUCACAGUCCAAUGCACAUAGUGUGUACAGUGAAAAUAUAUUCUACAUCAUGCCUUUCCCCCGGCUGCUCUCAACUUUACUCGCUCAAAGCACUUUGUGACGCCUGCAGACACUUGAAAGUGCAGGUUUGCUCCGAUGGUUCUUCUGAUCUCACACUCUUUACCCUCUCGUUUCGUCUAGCAUCUGUUUGAAAAUGUUUACAUUGUGUGUUCAUUGAUCUCUUGUUUCUUUUCCUCCUCAUACUCUUAUCCACAUACAACCAUAUGCAUCCAUGGCAUAUUUGAGAAAUAAAUUAUGGACUAUUGAAAUUACC